AUGGGUGUGAAAUCAUUCCUUGGUAUUACGGCUAUCUAUGCAGCAAGGAUUGCACACGCUGUAGAGGUCGAUGGCUCGGAUGCUGUCACUUUCACCUCAAAGGGCAACCCUCUCCUCGCUGAUGGCUCAUGGUACUCUGGAGACCCUGCGCCCCUCGUGGUGAACAACACGGUGUACAUCAUCAGCGGCAAGGAUGAUGCACCGCCGGAUACGAACUCGUUUGUGAUGCCUCAAUGGGGCAUGUUUGAAUCCGUCAGCCCUGACCCGGCCGGCUCGGAGUGGACGUUAUAUCCCAACAUUGCCACGCCGUCUGAAGUCUUUUCCUGGGCAGCUGAAGGCACGGCAUACGCAGCUCAGGUUGUUCAGGGCCCAGACAACAGAUUCUACCUGUAUGCGCCCGUGACGGAGGCAAACUCAGCCAACACCGACCCGUUUGCUAUUGGAGUUGCCGUGGCCGACAGCCCGACAGGGCCCUAUAAAGAUGCCCAUCCAGACGGUCCGAUUGUGUCCCAGUCAGUCCCAUCAGGGAAUGACAUCCAGAACAUUGACCCGACCGUCCUUGUUGACGACGAUGGGAGUGUCUACCUCUACUUUGGCACCUUUGGCCGUCUUCUGGGGUACCAACUCGACAGCGACAUGACCACGAUCACCGGCGAUGUCAUUGAAGCCGACACGUCUUCGCUGACUGGGUACUUCGAAGCCCCGUGGUUGCUGAAGAGAAAGGACACUUACUACAUGCUGUACGCCGCCAACAAUGCCGGCGAGGAUUCGCCAUGCACGCCCACUUCCUACCACGCAUGCAUUGCAUACGCCUCUUCUUCAUCGCCUCUUGGCCCGUGGACAUUCCAGGGUGUCGUGCUGCACAUCGUCUCUUCGACCACCUCUCACCCGGGUGUUGUCGAAAGCAAUGGAGCCUGGUACCUUGUCUAUCACACCGCGGACGCAGAAGGGGGAUACCAUUUCCGACGCAGUGUGGCCUUUGACGAGCUCACUUGGGACGAUUCGCAGUCUCCCCCGACCAUCAAUACUGUCAAGCAGACAUUCGCACCGCAGACAGUUCCAGAGCCGACGCGUAACAUUGCGGGCGCAGCAAAUGCCAGCUCUGCCAAUCUGACCCCUAUUCAAUAUUGGGUUGAAGCUCUUCACGACGGCGUUAUCAGUGCAAACCCGCUUCCACCGGACAUCUGGAGUUCGUACGAUGGAACGAACUCACCGGGGGAAAAUACUGUUAUCUAUUCCUGGGAUUCAGCAGUGACACUGAAUGGGACGGCCAUGGUCUUCUUUGCAGACCAGCCAGAAGGCGCAUCGGACGGCGUGGCACCCCCGACAGCAUGGCAUGUCGAGUACCUGGAGAAUGGGUCUUGGACGAAGGUGUCCAAUGCCGCGCCGUAUCCCCUGGAGGUCUCCGAUACUCCGGUUGAGGUGGGCUUUGACGAAAUAGAGACAACCUCCAUUCGAGCUGUUCUAUCUGCAUCCGGAGGAAGCGGGGGGUAUGCUGGAGUCGGAAUCAAGGAAUGGUUUGCUUUCGCGCCAACUGCGCAGUAG